UCAUUUAUUAACAAAAUUACUUUUACAUAUAUUAUUUGGCGCCAAUUCAUGCAGAAUGAGGAACAUCGACAAAAAUUUGAUUGUAACGCUAAUAGUAUAUAUCAAACACAAGAAUUCAUUUGACAAUGAAUUCUACACAGGAAUUCAUUUUAAAAUGAAAUGAAUUCUAAAUUCAUUUGGUACCAAAUGGUUUAUAAACGAGGAAUAUGUUUGCGUUUCUUUGGUGAACUGCGGUAAAAGAAAAAAAUAUCCCAAGAGAAAAUGUUGCCCACAGAAAAGAAAACUACCAAGCCCAACCAAAGCAGUGCCUCCAGAUUUCCCCCCAGUUCCUUAUCUCUCAGCCAGCACAACGUUCUACUCCAAUCCCAGUUCUGAGCUCCAAUCCCAUUCCCAGCAGCAUGGUUUCCGCAAUCUUCACUUCUUUAGCCCAGUCCUCUGUGCACGCUCUCUCUUCUCCUUCCAAGUUAUCAUCUUCACUGAGAACUCCAGUCGGAAUCCCGAAGUUGGUAGCUCCAGGAAGGCUAAUUCGGGUUUCUAACCGAGGAUUGCGCCCUGUUUGCUUCUUCAAUGCUGGAGAAGAGAAGUCGAAGACCAAACUUGAGCCUAAGGAGAGUGGAUUGGAUUGGCCUGCUUUCAAGAGAUGGGACGUGCCAUGGGAGUGGCCAACUGUUUCAUUAACAUCACUUGCCUGUGGAAUUAGUUUUAUUUUGACAGGGUUCGUGGAGGUUGAGACACUGCCAUUUCUGGGAAUUAAAUUUGAACAGUUGAGUUUGGAUGAGAAGGCUGAGAUGUUAUUUUUGGAUCAAAGUCUAACAACAGCAGUUGUACUUGGAGUUAUGUAUAGUAUUACGAAGAGCUUUGGACCGCUUCCUGAAGAUAUCUAUCGCUAUGAUUUCAAGGAACCCUUCAACCUACGAAGAGGCUGGUUAUUGUGGGCUGGAAUAGGUCUUGGAAGUGCUGUGCUUGCCAUUGCAUUGACAGGAUUUGUUGUCUCUACUUUUAAUGGCGAGACUCAAGAACGUGAGGCUGAUGCUCUUGUUCGGCUUCUUCCACUGAUCGGAUCCUCAGGCAUCAGCACUGGUUUACUGCUAGUAAUCACGGGUGUCCUUGCUCCAAUUUUGGAGGAGAAUGUCUUUCGAGGAUUUUUCAUGGUUUCUCUUACGAAGUGGGUUCCAACACCAAUAGCUGUUGUGAUUAGUGCAGCAGUAUUUGCUCUAGCACAUCUAACUCCAGGAGAGUUUCCCCAACUGUUUGUCUUAGGAACUCUGCUUGGAUUUUCCUAUGCUCAAACACGGAACCUUCUUACUCCAAUUACCAUUCAUGCUUGCUGGAACUCUGGCGUGAUCUUGGUUCUUACCUUGCUUCAGCUCCAAGGAUAUGAUAUCAAAGAAAUAUUGCAAGCAACCCAAUAA